UCUAGGUAAGAUUUGCGAAAAUUGUGUGGAGGCGAGUACUUUCGCUCGUCCAAUUUUAUAUUUCUUUUAAAUUUAUCUCGAGUUGAGGUGUGUCUAAAUUAGCAAAUUUUAAUCUGCAAAAUCGGCAACGACAAAAUCAAUUCUCCACAAUGUAGACUGUGUCGAUAUUCGCGAAGAAAAGUGAACACUCGAAUUACCGCCGUCCUCUCGUCGCUAUUUUCGUAGAAGUUUUUUGUGUGUCACGCAAAAGUGACGAUGGUGCCUUUGCAAGCAGUUAACCAUCAUCACACAAGAUAAGAUUGGGACGUUUGAAAAGAGGCACUUUGCGGAAGUCAGUCGUCGGACGGCUCAGAGUGAAAGAAAGUGCGCGACAAGUUGAUUGUUAUACUGAAGUGCAAUUAUUGGAGUUUGUGUAAAACAUUUUCAUGCCCGCGUCUACGUUCGAGUCAGAAGUGAUAAAUUGGGCCAGUCUGUGCAAUAGACGCGGAGCAAGAACGCCUCCGCUAUUUUUAGUGCAAAUCUGAAAUCAUGCAUUCAGAAUCUACUGAAUUUGUGUUUCCUUCCCUACAAAGUGUCGGGUAAGCGUUCCAGAAUUAAUGUGAACCUUUUGAGUGCGUGUAGUGUGCGGGGAAUGAAAUUUGAGAUCUGCGGAAAGUACACGCCGAGAUGAGUUGGCUUCGCACGAGUCCCUUGAGGCAGAGCCUUACCCGCAGUGCGGGUUCCAGCGGUUCAGUGAAUGGUACUCGACAGCGACCCAUCGAUGCUGCAACGGACUGUGAUCCCAGGGCAUGCUACGAUAGCUUCUGCAAACAUUGGCAACAAGCAUAUGAGAUAAUUCAGAGAGCAGAGCCUCAGAAACCAUCAGCGCAUGACGAUGUGUUCGGAGUUGUUUCUCAUCUCGACUUCAUGGUAACAUUGCUUCUGGUGGAAUUACAUCAUUGCAGUAAAGUCACGUUACCGAAUUCAAACCAAACACCGCCAGCACCAUGUUUGGAAUAUCUACUAAGUGAAAAUCUAUUGGAUAAAUUAUAUGAAUGGGGAAUAUCGACAGGACGUUAUGCCAAUGCUGUUCGUUUGGAACAACUUAAAUUAUAUGAGCUUCUAGUGAGUCAUUCAAGACACCAACUUCUUGUCCAUGAACCAUUUCUAAGACCGCUUCUGAAGAUAUUAGCAUCGAGCCAAGGCGAGAUCUUUCCGCCUGAUAUUGAAAAGCGACUUGUGAUACUGUUGAAUCAAUUAUGUGUUAUUUUAAUGCAAAAUGUACAUUUACUUGAUUUAUUUUUCUUUUCGUCAAGUCAACAGCAUGGCCAAGGAAGUACAAAUUUCAUUAUAUUCUCGCUGCUUAUACCGUACGUUCACCGCGAAGGUACAUUGGGUCACCAAGCUCGCGAUGCUCUGCUAUUAUGUAUGUCACUAUCGCAGAAAAACUCUAACGUCGGAACAUAUAUUGCACAAUACUCAUCGAUGUGUCCACUAUUAGUGACCGGACUUGGUGGCUUAUAUUCACGUCUUCCGAACACGUUAGAAAUUAAUUCAGUCGAUUGGAAUCGGAUAACACCGGAUGAUGUUACAGAAAUACCGGAACUAACAUUAUUCAUGAAUUCCUUGGAAUUUUGCAAUGCAGUCGUACAAGUGGCACAUGAUUUAAUAAAACAACAACUACUGGAUUUCAUGUAUCAAGGAUUUAUAGUUCCAGUGAUGGGACCAGCCUUACUUCAGAUUUUCAAAGGCAAACAUUUGCAGACAAACAUCGAAUCGCAAAUUUCAGCGAUGGCUUAUUUGGAUUUAAUAAUGCGUUCUGUAACGGAGCCAGGAUUGCUUAAAGUUUUCAUAAAAUUUCUAUUUGAUGAAGAGAAAUUUGAUGGACAACGAAUUAUAGAUGUUCUCAUCGAUAGGGUGAAUAGUUCAGAUCCAAAUCUGUGUAUGGUGUCCCUGUCACUAUUUGAUACAUUACUAAGCCUGCAUUGUGAAGAUAUCAUGUUAGAAUUACUGUUAAAAUAUUUGUUACCUGGAAAACAUAUUCCAAUUUCACAUCGACAUAAAAUCAACAAAAUUGAUCCAUAUAUAGAUGCGGUAGAUUUUUUCAUGGAUCUAACUCCCGAUGUAAUGAAACAUGCAGCCAAUAUAAAUAAAUCCCGACUUUCUACGGAUUCACCAUCGAAAUCUACAAGUGUACAAAUGCCGUCCGUGAGCAAAACAAUAGGAGCUAAUUGGAAUCAUUAUGGUCUACUUUCCGGGGAUAGCCUCUAUUCAAAUUAUUAUGCAUAUCUAUUUGAAGCACAUCACAGAAUAGCCCAAUGCUAUUCAGCUUGUUCGCAAUGGACAAGUCGAUAUCGAUAUCAAAAGUGGCCGCCAAAACGUUCAAACGGCUCGAAUGGACAAUCAUUUGAGAAAUUAACUGAGAUGGUUAGAAACUUCUUUGCCGAAUUCACAUUAUCGCCGAAUGCCAAUGAGAAUGCACAAAGUUAUGAUUGUGAUAAAAAUAAGUAUGAUAGCUUGCAAUCGAUAGGGGAAUCAAGUGGUUAUGAAUCGUUCAAGUGGCGACCAGAUGACGACACAGACCCUUUAGGUGUCUCUUUUAUCACACCUCUAUCGAACACCAGCUGUGAUUUGGAUGAUAGUCAACGAAAACAUUCACAGGAACCUAGUUGGAAAAUAUCGAGUCGGAAAAAUGAAUCGCUUGUCGAUUUAGAUUUCUCCGAGGACUUGUUCACGCAAGGGACAGUCAGUUUAGGUCCUUUCUUAAAUUCUAUUUGGGGAAAACUACAAACAUUCACGAGCAACAGUUUGUACGUAAACCUUCACCUUACCGGCCUCAUAACACGAAUUGCAUGGUAUCCUUUGCCAUUAAUUCAUUCAAUUCUAUUACGACCGGAUAUCGCAACAACUUCCGACACACCGUCGUUCCACCAAGUUCUCCGUAUUUUGAAGCAACAAAUCGAUGCCGAAUUGCCAGUAACUGAAGAUUCGUUGGAAAUCAUUGAUGUUGCUCGCUCAUUUUUAGUCGAUCGUGAAUUCCGUUUACUGAACGCUCGUAAGAAUGCAGUUGAGUCAUCGAAAAAUCCAGGGAAAAAUGGUUCUUCCUACAAUCAGACAACAUAUGCAAAUAUAUCCGCCACUACGCCCCCACAAUUAACACCAUCGUCCUCAUACGAUCCGUUCAGAAGAAGCGAUCCAAAACGAAAAAGCUUCUCACAAUCACUGGCCAAUGUUUUUCGGCGACAAAAUGCUUCAUCAGGUUUAUCGCAAAUAAAAGCAUUCUUCACCGGUUCUGUUCAACCGACUGCACAAGCUCCACAGGGUGUCUCCUUAACAAACAGCCCUGUGAAUGUGAAUCAAGGGGGCAUACCACUACGAGAUACAAGUGCAUACUCCACUGCAUCGAAUUCCCUUAACAUGAGUAGCGUAGGCGCCACAAGCUCAGAACCGAACUCUCUUGAUUCACUAUCUUCGAUGACAUCGACCAUUGGUGCAAUAGCUAAUACUAGCGGAACAGAACGUACGCGCGAUUUAGCACUGUGUGCUGUUUUAUUAGACGAAUGGCUAAAAGAAUUAGCAGCAAUAUCACACGAACAGUCGAUCGUUAUGUUGGCCGAAACAUUUUAACGAAUUAGGAUAGUAAUUUUCUUUUUUUGUAGAUUCAUUUGUAAAUGACUUUGCCCAGUACGUAGAUAAGAUUUUUAAAGUGAAAUUUAUUUUAUGAAGAGCAGAGUGGAAUGUGCAUGUGUGAAGAACUUUAAUUGAGUUGACUAAAUCUAUCUUCAUGAUGGCGAUUUAAGACACAGUUUUAUCAUAAAUCGAAAGUACUCAUAAUUUACAUCUAAACAGACGGGUCCGAUGUUGCUUAUCAGUUUCCGAAGUAUUUCGUAUGUGAUCAAAAUUAUACUGGGAUGCAAUAGCAUUCAAUAUGUUCGUCCGCCGUUACGAAGGCAUGAGUUAAGUAUGAAACAAAUCCCUUAGUGACUAGAUAGCCUCAGCCCUGUCAAUUGUUGUAAUAAAUGGAUACAGUUGGUAGAGGCAAUGAUAAUUGAAGCAUCCACAAACCCAGUGAUAAAUUUUAUUUCUGCAUAUUAUUGAAUUCUAAAAAGUUAUUUAUUGAGCGAACAAACAUUGGCUGAUUAUUAUUUGCUUUUUACGCAUGAAGUUCAAAUCGAGGUACCGUACCACAUUUAUACAAAGUAAACAAAGUAUGUCGCCAAUAAUACGUUUUGUGUGAGUGAUAAAAGGGUUAAAAUUAGCAGUGACAUUAUAACAUAUACAGAUAAAGAAACCUAAUAUUUAUAGACAUUGUACGUAUUUUUUAUGUUUAUCGAAGGAUAAAUAAAGUUAUUUUGACAGUUUUUA